AUGAAUAGAUGUGGUUCUGAUUUUGCAAUUCAAGGAACUUUAUCAGACGGGUUUUUGUUAAAUGGAAAUAUUCCUGAUGGUACUGAAGUAAUUAAAAAAAUAUCUCAAGAUGCAACUAGUCUAACAGUUAAACUCACAGGAUGUUCUAAUGACUCUAAUGGACAAGCUAAAUGUUCAUGUGUAAUGGAAGUUUCUAAUGUAAAAAAAGAAAUGAUAAAUGGAAGAGUGUUAACUGAAGUUGCACAAAAACCAAUUACUAAAAAAGAUAGUAGUUCUUCUGAAGAAGAAGGAAAAACAGUCCUUUUUAUGUGGGACUUAUUAAAAGGAUUAGACAAUACUACAGUCAUUGCACCAUCACUUUCUGACUAUAAAUUUAAAACACUUACAUAUGUUGAUAAUCCUUCUGCAGGUGGACUAUGUUUAUUAUAUGGUAUUUCAGAUGUUACUGUUGAUGCUCAAGUAUAUACUGAUAAAAAAUUACAAUUAGGAAUGGGUAAAUUCAAUCCACAAUCAAAACAAUUAUUGUAUAUCGUUGCUGAACCAGCUGGUUAUUACCCUUAUUAUUAUAAUCCAAUCACUGUAGAAGCUGGAGUGUCAGGAAUAUUUGUUACAUUUAUAGGUAGAGUUCUCAUCAUUGUUUAUUUAUUUAAUUAUUUCUCUUAUUUGUAUUCUAUUUCUUUGUUAUAUUGUGGUUUCAUCUUCUUCAUUUCUUUAUUUUCAUUUAUUUUAUUUCAUUUUCAUCGUCAUUAUGAUCUUAUCAUCAUUGUUUUAAUGAACAAAUAUAAAAAUAUCAAUAUAUUAUUUGAUUCAAUUAUUGGUGAUUUAAAUAUUAAUACAACAUUAAUGAACAAAUUAUACAGAAUAAAGAAGAAGAAUGAGAUACAAAACAAAUAA